AUAGUAGAGAAGAAGUUUACAGCUUUGGCCCAGCAGGAAUGGGAGUGGCAGGAAGCGAGCAGCCAGAGUGAUCUUUCAAAAAUGUCAUCUGAUGCCAUGAUUUCUUCUGCUCUGACUCUUCAGAGAAUUCCCGUUGUUAAUGGGAUAAAGCCAAAGUAUGUGCCCAGUGGGCCAAAGGCAGGCGCCAAACAGCUGCACCACCCAGGGAUCCCCCGUGGAUUUGACGUGGAAGUAAAAGGUUGGUGUGGAGAAGAUGUUCAUCUUUAUCGAAAAUACUUACAUGGUGACCUGAUUGUGAUUCGGACUCCAGUUCCUGGUCUUUUCCACCUCUGGCAUGAGAAACGCUGUGCUGAUGAGUUGACUCCUGAACAGUACCGUGUGUGCAUCCAGGCCAAAGCCAUGAAUGAGGCCUCUCACUCGCACCUAGGAAUGCUGGUCUUCAGGGAGGAGACAGAGACGCAUCUUCACAAACAGGCAUACAGGACAAAGAGCGAAGCUGUUGGUUAACGUAACCAUUGGCACAUUUGUCUAAACCACAAACCAGCAUUAUUUAUUCAGCCUUAAUUCCGAUUCCAGAUGCAGUGCCUCUUUCAGAGAAGACAUGCUUAUCUUUUGUGCUCUUUCUGAUACUACUUUAGCAGUUUAACUUGAUAUGAGAAGAGAAAGCAAGUGUUUCAGUGCAAAGCCUGUUUCUUGAGAAAACCACACUAUGGAAUUGCUGACAAAUCGAAAUCUGGUGUUUGCCCCCAAAGUAGUUUUGAGUUAGUUUCUACCCAUGUUCUAAUGUACCCUGGCUGCCUCUGGGUUGAGGGAUGGAAUGUGUUACGCUCGUGGUAGGUCAGGGGCAUCCAGUUCCUCCAGAGAGGACAGAGUAUUAUGGAUGCAGUAUGUAGACAAGAGUGCUUCAGCUGCUGACCACUUAGUCAACCUGCUUUUAAAUUAAGAUCUUUUAAUCAGUUGCUUGAAGAAUCCUCUUUCACUGAAGCCGAGGAUGACUAAAGGACACAUCUGAAAUUCACAAUCAAAAGAGAGCGAAGUAAAAACCCCUUAAACUGAAUGUUG